AAAAAAAUAAUCGACAAGUAUUCAAGCAAUCUUCUUGAUCGUUAUUUAUCCCCGACCUGGCGCCUGUUUGUUAAUUAUUGAAAAAAUCAAAUAAAUAAUAAUCCUCUCUAGGAUUAUCCUCUAUAAUAUCCAGCACCUUAUUUAUUUACAUUAUCGUACUAAAUCCGUUACCAGCAGUUGUUCAGCCAUCAUUGUCCCUCUAUAAUUGGCCCGAUCGACGUGCUUUUUUUUAUUAUAUGGUUGGAUUAUCCGCCUAUCCUCCCACCCACCUCUUUUUCCAACCUCUUCAUAAGUAGUGUUCUUGUUUGUUUUUUUUAUCAGUUCCGGAUCCCAAAUCUCCUCGACGAAGAACGACCCUUGACGGGAGUCCAAAAAACCGACUCGAUUAGAGCUCAGCACGUUCUGCGAACGAUUGCUUCUUGGUCGAGAUUAUCCUCCAAAAAAAAAAAGUGUAGUUUUUAUUAUUAUAAUUCAGUGAACCAUCCUCUCAUCUAUCAUCAAAGGACAUUCUCGGCAACCUUCCGGCCGCAUUAAUCCUCCCCUCCGGUCCUCCCGAUGCCCUUCAAAAUCACCCGCAAGGCCUCCAAGGACGCCUCCGCUGAACCGGCCCCUUCAUCUGAACGCGCAUCAGGCGUGUUCGGUGUCUUUCGACGACACGCCAAGUUUCUGGGCCCUGGGAUCGUUGCGUCAGCAGCAUAUUAUGACCCUGGUAAUUGGGCCACCGAUUUGCAAGCCGGCUCUCGCUUCGGAAACGCCCAUCUAUUCAUCCUCCUAGUGGCCAUCUCAGUGGCCGUGUUUCUACAGAUCCUGGCCACCCGGCUGGGCUUCAUCAGUCGAAAAGAUAUUGCACAAAAUUGCAGACAGGCCUUGUACUCGAAUGAAAAAGGACACGCAAUCAAAAAGUGGAUCGCCUUGUACCCGCUGUGGCUGAUCUUCGAAUUGGGCAUCUUGGCCGCCGAUAUGGGAGAACUGUUGGGUUCGGCUACUGCCCUGCUUUUACUGUUCCCACAACUGCCUGCAUGGGUAGCAGUCCUUUUGACGUUUCCGGAAGUCUUCCUGGCGCUUCUGUUUUUCCGGAACGGCAAGCAAUCCCGAAAAUCGAUGCAAAUCUUUGAGAUCAUGAUCACGCUUGUCGUCAUGGCCGUCGUCGUCUCUGCCUUGGUUCUGUUCUUCAAGGUCAACCCCAACAUUCCUCAGGUCUUUCUCGGCUAUAUCCCGAGCAAGAAACUGGUGACUGGCUCGAGUUUUUACACCGCUAUUGGCAUCAUUGGCGCCACCGUUGGACCUCAUUCGCUCAUCCUUGGAGCUUCUAUGGCCACCCAGGACCGCACAUCAAAGAAGAAAGCCGACAAGAAAGCGUCUUCUGCUGAGGACGCGAUGGUCCACAACCAACGCACCAUUUCAGAUAUCGAAAAACAACCCGAAGAGUUCCUCGAUCCAAGGAAGGCUCCCCCUGUCCCCUCACAACCCAAGGUCCGGACUGUCCUGGAAUGCAAAAGUUAUAUCAAUCAUGCAAGCUUCGAUAUAGCUGCUUCGAUCUUUACCUUACCAUUAAUUGUAAACUCGGCGAUCCUAGUGAUAGCCUCGACGACGUUUUUUUACAACAAGCCUACGGGACCGAUCGUGGAAGAAGCGGACCUGAUUGCGAUGCACCAACUGUUGAAGAACCAACUAGGCACGGGUCUAGCGACGCUGUUUGCGGUUUCCCUAUGGUUGUCGGGCAAUGCGGCCUCGUUGACGAUCACGAUGGCCGGCCAAUCCCUGUCCGCCGGCUUCCUCGAAUACCAGACUAGUCCGUUGAUUCGUAGACUUAUCACUCGCACUCUCGGCAUCAUUCCCGCAGUCGUUGUCGCCGCUAUUUCUUCCCAAAAGGGCAUCAAUGAUAUGCUUAUUGCUAGCCAAGUGGCUAUCAGCAUUGUUUUACCAUUUGCGGUGAUCCCACUAGCUUAUUUCUCGUCGAGGAAGGCGGUGAUGUCGAUCAGUCUACCGCCGAAGAUCGGCCGUCUAUUUUCGGAAGAUGAGCGAGUGAUGCAAGGUCCAGUGGUCUCGAGCCUGCGUUCGUUCGGUCCGAGAUCGGUGUCGGAAGACAAGGAGGGCGGGGUGGAAGGACUGAAAGGCUUCAACGUCGCCCAACUGGAGGGCUCCCAUUCCUUCGCCAACCAUGGGGUAGUCAAGAUCUUCACCGUCCUCCUCGUCUUCGUCAUCCUCGCCUCCAACGUCUAUGGGAUCUAUCAGGUCGCCACCGGCAGUUGAUUGUGGCCACUGACUACUCGUCGGUUGCUGUGGAUUUUUUGUUAACUAGUCGAUCGAGCCGGUUGGAUGCGCAAUGACCUCGUACAUAAUGCUGCUUAUAGUUGUGAACAUUCAAAAAUGGUGUUCUUUUAACCGAUGGCCUUGCUGUUUCUCAGCAGGGCUUG